CUUGUACCUAUUUCGGCGGACAGUUGAGCAAUAAUAGAGGAUAUUGAAUUAAGUAUAUAUAUGAGAUAUCAUGUAUGGAAAGGGCACUUCCACUCACGAUCAAUUUUUACUCACAAAGCCUUUAUUUGUGCCCACGCAUAUCAAUAUAUUUUAGCAGCUAAACUUUAUUCGUUGAUGAUUUACAUACAAAUUUACUAUUAUUCAAGCUAUAUCUUUCUGUAUUCAAGAGCAUACUGCUAAGAAUUAUUCACUUCGGUCAUUAUAGAUCAAUUUAUCUUCUCUUUUCAAUUCGAUUCUAUUUUGCUUGAUUCCCAAUUCAAUCAUUCUUAGAUUAGUUAAUUUCUAGUCAAAACAAUUGGCGCCGUCUGUGGGAAAUUCUUGCAAAAUGAGAAUCAAUUAUGGCCGAAAAUUGUAACUCCCUGUUUAAUGAGAUUCAAGCACAACUAGAAGCCGUCCGAGAAGAGCUCUGCGCAUCCAAAAGUUCCAACGCAGCACAAUUAGAAGCUGUCCGGGAGGAAAUGCGUCAACGAAUCGCCUUCCUCCAAGGUGAAAAUGACGCUUUGAGAUCUCAGGUGCAAUCGGUGGCAUCCAUAGCCUCAAGCUCACGACGGGGCGAGGAUGUGGCUACCAUGGCAACGAGACUGGACAUGGGUUCGAUUCCGGCUUCAACCGAACCUUUCAUCCCUCACUUCGGGGCCGACACAUUUGGAGGAGCAGGGCCCUCAACUCGUUCCUUUCCACCCCCAAAUCCCAGAAGGAACAUAUUCCGAAAUCUGUUUGCACAGCCCCAGAGACAACAUGUUCCAAAUCAUGUCGACAUUCCCAGAAUAUGUCGACAUCAACAACCAGAGGCGACAAGUUCCAAGCCAUGUCGACAUCCCCAGACAUGACGACAUCAAUAAUCGAAGUUGUCAGGAGCCAGAGGUCGUCACCAUAUAUUCGCCUCUCGAAGCAGCGGAUCCGCAGAUACAAACAAACUUGGCAGAUCCCUUGGCCGUCAUCAUGGAGGAACUGAGGGAAUUGCGAGAGAAGUUCAACAGCAUACCUGGAGUCCCACGUCCGCUUGACAUGGCGACGCAAACCUGUUACGCAGACUCACCCUUCGGACGACAUAUCACCGAUGUCGAGAUUCCGAGGAAGUUCGCCGCCCCCUCAAUGAGACUGUUUGAUGGGACUUCUGAUCCGGUGGAACAUGUCGCUCAGUACAAACAACAAAUGUUGGCCGUCUCGGUCAGACCACAUCAGAGAGAAGCUUGCACGUGCCGGGCAUUUGGGAUAACGUUGACAGGACCAACGUUGACAUGGUUCGUCAAUCUGCCGAACGACAGCAUCAAUUCAUUUGCGGAGCUGGUCAACUUAUUCAAUCAGCAGUUUGCAAGUAGCCGAGCCUUGGAGAAGCAGACUAGUGACCUCUACCGAGUAGUCCAGCGACGGAAUGAACCCUUAAGGGAUUACUUGCACCGAUUCAACAAGGAGAAGGUGUCAAUCCCCAGGUGUCACAUACCGACGACAAUUGAAGCAUUUAGAAGGGGACUGCUGGAGGAUUCAGAGUUAUAUCAGGAGUUGACGAAACACCCUAGUCGGUCCUUCGAAGAUGUUCAAGUAAGGGCACUGGCUUUCAUCCGUCUAGAAGAAGACUUACGAUGUCGUCACAGACGAAUUGAACAAGACGGGGGGCACGGAAAGUCAGAACCUCCCAGGAGACAUGACUACAAGCAUGGAAAGCCUUAUUCGAGGCCUGAGGAAUAAGUCGUCACUUCUGUGACAAGGUAGAUCAGACGACAUGAUCGAAGUCGUCGGACGGGGGGCAUGUCGUCCGAUGGUAGUCAGGUUCUUAAGAGCUGCAGUACGGUACACUUAAAAUUGUUUCACUUUUAAUAAUUUUCUUUUGCAUAUUGACAUCACUCCCGUGAUUAAAUAGACCAGGCGACAUGACUGAAGUCAUCAAGACAGGGGUCAUGUCGUCAGAUAAUAAACCUGACGAGACAAUUGAAAUCAUCUGACGAUAGAUAGGUUCUCACGAUCGAUAUUUAGAGUCAUAUACAUAUUCUCAAUUGAUUACUUUCAUUUAUCCACAAAUGAUCACUAACUUAAGCAUCGGAGGGCCGUUGGCUUUUAGCCAACGGCCGACGUUAGCGAAAUAUUUAUUGCACAGGUACAAUUAAGAAUUGACGAUGACGGAAUCCUAACAUGCAAAGCCUUACAACACGUCAAACACAAUUGACGGGUGGCUUACAUCAAACAAAGCCUUACAACACGUCAAAACACAUUUGACGGGGGGCUUACCGAAUUUUAGAGGAAGAGGUGGGGUUUUCAUGUACGCUAAACAUGAGUAUAAACACCACCGAUUCUCAUCAAUGUUUUGGCCAAAACAACAGACAGAUCAUACAUCACAAAUGCUGACUACAUCAAAGUCAGACAAACACAAAACAACAACAGUACACGUACAACUGACAUCAUCAUGUGAAAAAACAACCACAUCCAAAACUACAGAAAAUACACAACAGAAGCACGUGCUCCAAGAGCACGACAACACAAUCUCCAAAAUAUAAGGAGACAACAUGAACGACAUUGACAUACAUGAUAAAUAUUCAUGUCGACGAUAUUACUAAUACAACAAACGAAGCGGUGCUUAAUGUUUUUGCAGGUUACGGUCACAGUCACAGAGUCAAACCCAUCAUUUAUACAACGAGGGACAAAACCAUAAUUGCCAACAAAAGUGUCGACAUCAACCUGAAUGAAGGUUGACGACAUGUCUCCCCAGACACAUGAUGAGUUGACAAAAGUGUCUUAUUAUAUGAAUGGCAUGUUGACAGCAUAUAUCAUCGUGCAAACGACAUGUUUAUAUGAGUUGUAUUCAAGGAUGACAUGUAUGGAUGUUUUCAAGAUUUCGACAAGUUAACGCUUAACGGGUUGACAUGUGCGUCCAUACGCCUCAACUUCUCGAAAGGGGGCAAUUGUUGGGCCUAGAAAAUUACAUGUGAUUGUUGGGCCUGUCUAAUAUUUGAAUAAAAUCAAGUAUUAGUCUAAUAAAGUCAAAAAAGCCUAUUGAAUGGAGAUAAGCAUGGACGGAUUCAACAAGUAAUAGAAGGGUAAGAACGAGUAGCAGUAGUGGCGAGAAAACAGGGGAGAGCUUGUACCUAUUUCGGCGGACAGUUGAGCAAUAAUAGAGGAUAUUGAAUUAAGUAUAUAUAUGAGAUAUCAUGUAUGGAAAGGGCACUUCCACUCACGAUCAAUUUUUACUCACAAAGCCUUUAUUUGUGCCCACGCAUAUCAAUAUAUUUUAGCAGCUAAACUUUAUUCGUUGAUGAUUUACAUACAAAUUUACUAUUAUUCAAGCUAUAUCUUUCUGUAUUCAAGAGCAUACUGCUAAGAAUUAUUCACUUCGGUCAUUAUAGAUCAAUUUAUCUUCUCUUUUCAAUUCGAUUCUAUUUUGCUUGAUUCCCAAUUCAAUCAUUCUUAGAUUAGUUAAUUUCUAGUCAAAACAGUCCCACGGAUUAUAAAAACAUUUCAUGCUUUUAGUAGUGUGUGGUUGCACAAGUGUUUGAUCCUAUGUCGUUGGCCAGGGGCCCGCCCUGCCUAUCACCCGGUGGACGACCAAGCAGAAGUGUCUACACAUGGGCAUUCUCCCCAUCCUCAAGACUGAGUUUAGGAUGCCCAAAUGAUGGGAGUUUAUUUUCUAAUACUCUUGUCUCUGCGGGCCAAAGAUUUAAAAGCAAUGGAGGAGAUGCUACUUAACUUAUCACAUAUUGAAUUUACUUGUGUUGUGAGUUUCAUAUUUAAACACAAACUUUUGGUUGUGUCAUUCCAUUGUUUGAACCCAGCCCAAAGGGUUCAUCGUGUGAUAGACCAAUUCUAUUUCAUGUUGGGGGAUUCAUUGAAUAUUUUCUAUUUAUAACUAGAUUGCAUACUGAGUUUGUGUUGUAGUUUUGUCAUUACUUUUGUGAGUUUGUCACAUCAGAUUUAAUUUAAUACUUCGUUUUGACUUGGCGGAUUGGAAUGUCUCCUACUUGAAAUAAUUUUUUCUUAAGAUUGUCUCUAAAGUUUAAGUUUAUAGAACUUUUCAUCACAGUGACUAGUGAUUCAAUAUUUUCGAAAAUUUCUACAAAUCUGAACUGUAUACAUCAGUAUUUUCUUCACAAUGACUGCAGUGUCAUCAUAUAUAAAUAUGGCCUUUUUCUAGAUCUAUUGUUGUAUAUCUCUGAAUUCAACAAGUGCUCUGCCAUGAAUGAGCAUAAGACUAGGUUUCAUUCCUUACAAGAUGGUUUUUGCCUUGACCCUCCCAAGUGCGCUUCUAUUGGACCUUUCUUCUUUGAAAUCACUUGUAAUAGAAUGGUGAACUGCGUUUUUAUCAACUUGCAGAAAAAUAUAACGUAUCAGGAUCUCAACCUUCAGCAGACAAGAGAUCAGAAACAGCCUUUUCAACAAGGAAUGGGUGAUCAUACAAGUAGAGGUUACAGUGUUGCAAAAACUUUGGUUAAGUUGAGCAGUUUGAAGGAAUUUGAUAUAAAUGAAAGGGAAAAGGUGCAAAUAGGCCCAUGUACUAACCAAAAGAGGUCAAAUAAGCCCUUAUUUAGGAGGUUCUGUCCGGUCGUCGCCAUUUAGGGUGGUUCCCGGAGGAAUUUUUUGAUGAAAUUUUUUGAGCAUCUUAUUCAUCAAGUCUAG